AUGCCAUCCAUAAUCGACGGCCGCCUCUCCCACCGCGCCUACACCACCCGGGAAUCAGCAACACGAAUAACCCACAUAUUCCACCAUCCCAGCCUUCUCACUUCGCGCGAGGUCGUCUUUGGCAUCUACCUUGCCUACAUCACCUACUGCGCGCUUCUGACGCUCCGCAGCCUCGGCUACCUCGUCUUCGAGGCCGGCGGCCGUGACAUGUGGUGCCCGGAGGAUCCACCGGUACCGAGCUGGUAUCCGCCGGGUUGGAAGGUGGAGCUGACCCGUUGGGAUUGCUUCCGGGCGCUGCGGUGGAUGGUGGCGAGGAGGAUUUGGGCUUUCGCAUACGAGGUUUUUGCGUGGGGUUUCGUCGGGGCUGUGGGAGGGUCUUUGGCGGAGGAGGGGGUUAGAUGGCUUAGAAGGUGA